CAAAACCGUCAUUAUCAGAGCCUCAGUGUCAAACGCAAAAAUCGAUCGAUAAACUAUAUCUGCAUCAGAAUUUUCAGUCACAAGCAAGAAUAGUGGAGAUGUUUGAAACUCGCAGUGCUAAAAUUAGUGUCCUUCCUGUGCCAAUUGAGCUGUACGCAUACGUGAAAUUUUCACCAUGUUGAGCUAGAGUAAGAUUUCGCGUAGCGGGGGCGGCCAAGGAUAUUGAAUGCGAGAAUUUUGCUUGCAUUUUUCACGAACAGGAAUAGCUUUCUUCCAUCAUCUAAAUCUCAUCAUCCUCAUUACAUCCGCUGUCGUGUUGUAGCGUUUAGUUAGCGAAGGAAGCAAUGAAAAAACAAAAUGUUCGGACCAUUUCAUUAAUCGUGUGCACUUUCACCUAUCUACUGAUCGGAGCGGCCGUGUUCGACGCACUUGAAUCGGAAACGGAAAAGAAACGAUGGAAAGCCCUCAGUGCGGUUGAAAAUGUACUUAUAUCGAGGUAUAAUAUAUCAGCAGAAGACUUCAAGGUGAUCGAAACAGUUAUCAUGAAAUCGGAGCCACACAAAGCCGGCCAACAGUGGAAGUUUUCUGGAGCCUUUUAUUAUGCCACAACGGUGCUGACCACCAUCGGGUACGGUCAUUCAACGCCUUCCACGGUCAGUGGAAAAAUUUUCACCAUGUGCUAUGCGGCUAUCGGGAUUCCACUUGGAUUGGUUAUGUUUCAAAGCAUUGGAGAACGUGUAAAUCGGUUAAGCAGUGUAAUAGUGCAUGCAGUCAAAACGUCCUUCAACUGCAAAAAAGCAAUAGCCUCCGAAGUGGAUCUGAUCUUGGUAGUAACAACGCUAAGUUCUCUUACUAUAGCAGGAGGAGCGGCUGCGUUUAGCAAAUUCGAAAAUUGGUCUUAUUUCGAUUCGGUUUACUACUGCUUCAUUACUUUGACAACCAUAGGAUUCGGAGAUAUGGUCGCCCUGCAGAAAGAUAAUGCCCUAAAUCAGAAACCAGAGUAUGUAGCUUUUGCGUUAAUUUUUAUACUCUUCGGACUAGCGGUAGUGGCCGCCUCGUUGAAUUUACUAGUACUACGAUUUGUAACUAUGAAUACUGAGGAUGAAAAGCGUGAUGAGGCUCAAGCAAUUCAGGCCUUGCAAAUCGCAGUGAAGCUGGACGGUGACAUCAUUACCGGAAACUCCAGCGAUUCGGACCGCAAGUGCUAUGAACGAAUGUCAAUUUCCGGCCCUACUCGUAACUGUGCCGGCUAUUCACGGAAAUAUGAAGUGCAGGACACGAGCGUCGGAUACAUCAUGGACGCCAGCUAUCGUUAUCCGUUGGUGGACUGCGAAUUGGCCGAGCUGAGGUCGCCUGGAUUGAGAUACAACACCUACGAGUUGGAACCGGAGGAAGACGAAGGGUUGAUAAGUCCACUACGGUACGAUUUUCAGCCCAGUCGUGGAAGAGCGUCGGUUUAAGUUUGAGCGAAAUGCCGUUGGGGGUGGUAAUGUUAAGUUAUAAGUAAAUGAAUUUUCGGGGUCUAAAUUUUUAACAAAAUAUUAUUAUCGACUUUUCUAGAACUAGAUAGCGAUUGAUAACAAUCGAAUGGAAACAAUAAAAUGAAUUCGGGACAACUAGA